CGUUCCUCGCUCGUAGGUGAAGGCGAAGGAAAGGCGAGAGAGGAAGAGGAGCCAGCCAGGGGAAACGGGGAAAAAGUGGAAAGGGAAAGGAAAAAAAGGAAGGGGAAAAACGAGAGAGAGAGAGAGGCGGGUUUCAAAGUCUACUGGAAGCGCGCUGCCUCCCCACUCUCGGUCUCAACGCGUAGCUUCCCCUCUUGGGAGAGAAAUCUAGGGUUUGUGUUCUGCAGAGGUUGCAGAGAGACGAUACUUUUUCUGUCUCACUCUCUGUGCGUGCCCCGUGCUACCUCAUCUUCUGUUAGGGCACAUCUCUCUCUCUCUUUCUUCCUGCCAACCCCUCUUCCUUCGGGGUUUGGAAGGACAUCUCUCUCAUUCAUGGCGGAAAAGCUUAGAGACCUCAGUCAGCCCAUCGACGUCCCACUCCUGGACGCCACAGUCGCUGCUUUCUAUGGCACGGGAUCUAAGGAGGAGAGAGCUGCAGCAGAUCAGAUACUGCGUGAGCUACAGAAUAACCCUGAUACAUGGCUACAAGUUGUUCACAUUCUUCAAAAUUCACAAAAUCUUAAUACGAAGUUCUUUGCUCUUCAGGUCCUGGAGGGUGUCAUCAAGUAUCGGUGGAAUGCAUUACCUGUUGAGCAACGAGAUGGGAUAAAAAAUUACAUAUCAGAUCUUAUUGUGCAACUUUCGAGCAAUGAGAUCUCUUUUAGGCGGGAAAGGCUUUAUGUCAAUAAACUUAAUAUUAUACUUGUUCAGGUCUUGAAGCAUGAAUGGCCUGCUAGGUGGCCUUCAUUUAUCUCUGAUCUUGUUUCAGCUGCAAAGAGUAGUGAAACAAUAUGUGAGAAUUGCAUGGCUAUUUUAAAGCUUCUGAGUGAGGAGGUCUUUGAUUUCUCAAGAGGAGAGAUGACACAGCAAAAAAUCAAAGAAUUAAAACAAUCACUGAACAGUGAGUUUAAACUUAUUCAUGAGCUAUGCUUAUACGUGCUGUCUGUGUCUCAAAGAACGGAACUUAUAAGGGCAACACUUGCAACACUUCAUGCAUUCUUGUCAUGGAUCCCUCUGGGAUAUAUUUUCGAGUCUCCACUGCUGGAAACACUUUUGAAAUUCUUCCCAGUUGCAUCUUACAGAAACUUAACACUACAAUGUUUGACGGAGGUGGCUGCCCUUCAAUUUGGAGAUUUCUAUGAUAGUCAGUAUAUCACCAUGUAUACAGUUUUUAUGGUUCAGUUACAGAUAAUUCUUCCACCAGGGACCAAUAUACCUGAAGCAUACAAUAAUGGUUCCAGUGAGGAGCAGGCAUUUAUUCAGAAUCUAGCUCUUUUCUUCACUUCUUUUUUCAAGUCUCGCAUUCAAAUUCUUGAGACCACUUCUGAGAACCGAGCUGCUCUUCUCAUGGGUCUGGAGUACUUAAUUGGAAUCUCUUAUGUUGACGACACAGAGGUUUUCAAGGUUUGCCUAGACUACUGGAAUUCAUUGGUUUUGGAGCUUUUUGAAGCACAUCAUAGUGUAGAUAAUCCUUCAAGUUCUGCAAGCAUGAUGGGGCUUCAGGUCCCUUCAUAUACCGGUAUGGUUGAUGGUCUUGGUUCGCAACUCUUACAGAGACGUCAGUUGUAUUCUGCUCCAAUGUCGAAACUGAGAAUGCUUAUGAUUUGCCGUAUGGCCAAGCCUGAAGAAGUUCUAAUUGUAGAGGAUGAAAAUGGAAAUAUUGUCCGUGAAACUAUGAAAGACAAUGAUGUCCUUGUUCAGUACAAGAUUAUGAGAGAGACACUUAUCUACUUGUCUCAUCUGGAUCACGAAGAUACGGAGCAGCAGAUGUUGAAGAAGCUAACCAAACAAUUGAAUGGAGAAGAAUGGACUUGGAAUAACUUAAAUACCCUCUGUUGGGCCAUUGGGUCAAUAUCUGGGUCUAUGAUGGAGGACCAGGAAAACAGAUUUCUGGUUAUGGUCAUUCGCGAUUUACUGAACCUGUGUGAGCUUACAAAAGGGAAGGAUAACAAGGCUGUGAUAGCAAGCAACAUCAUGUACGUGGUUGGUCAAUACCCACGAUUCUUGAGGGCUCACUGGAAAUUUCUGAAGACUGUUGUGAAUAAGUUGUUUGAGUUUAUGCAUGAAACGCAUCCUGGAGUUCAGGAUAUGGCAUGUGAUACAUUCUUGAAGAUUGUUCAGAAGUGCAAGAGGAAGUUUGUGAUUGUGCAGGUUGGAGAAAGUGAGCCAUUUGUAUCUGAGCUUUUAACAGGUCUUUCAACUACUAUUAUGGAUCUUGAGCCCCACCAAAUUCAUACAUUCUAUGAGUCGGUUGGUCAUAUGAUUCAAGCAGAAUCUGAUCCUCAGAAGAGAGAUGAAUAUCUGCAGAGGUUAAUGCAGUUCCCUAACCAGCGGUGGGCAGAGAUAAUUGGCCAAGCACGCCAAAGUGUUGAUUUUUUGAAAGAUCAGACUGUUAUUAGAACCGUACUUGACAUACUGCAGACAAACACCAGUGUUGCUAGUUCGUUGGGGACAUAUUUUUUAUCUCAAAUAUCAUUGAUAUUUUUGGAUAUGCUUAAUGUGUACAGGAUGUACAGUGAACUCAUCUCAAGCAGCAUAGCUGAAGGAGGUCCAUAUGCAUCAAGAACAUCCUAUGUGAAACUUCUGAGAUCAGUUAAGAGAGAGACAUUGAAGCUGAUUGAAACUUUUGUAGACAAAGCAGAAGAUCAGUCUCAGAUAGGAAAACAGUUUGUGCCACCAAUGAUGGACCCUGUUCUUGGUGAUUAUGCUAGGAAUUUGCCAGAUGCUCGAGAAGCAGAAGUUCUAUCAGUUUUUGCUACCAUAAUAAACAAGUACAAAAGUGUCAUGACAGAGGAUGUUCCUCGCAUAUUUGAAGCUGUUUUUGAGUGCACGCUUGAGAUGAUUACCAAGAACUUUGAAGAUUAUCCCGAGCAUAGGCUGAAGUUUUUCUCAUUGUUACGUGCUAUUGCUACUCAUUGUUUUAAUGCUCUCAUUCACCUAUCAAGUCAGCAAUUGAAGCUUGUAAUGGAUUCAAUAAACUGGGCAUUUCGGCAUACUGAAAGAAAUAUUGCUGAGACUGGUCUCAACCUGUUAUUGGAAAUGCUGAAAAACUUUCAGUCCUCGGAGUUCUGCAAUCAGUUUCACAAAGCCUAUUUUCUGACAAUUGUGCAAGAGAUAUUUGCUGUCCUGACUGAUACAUUUCACAAGCCUGGUUUCAAGCUGCAUGUUUUGGUUUUGCAGCAUUUGUUCUCACUGGUUGAUUCCGGUUCAUUGACAGAGCCACUGUGGGAUGUAACUGCUGUUCCUUAUACUUAUCCAAACAAUACAUUUUUUGUCCGUGACUACACCAUAAAACUGCUUGGGACAUCUUUCCCAAACAUGACAACAGUAGAGAUAACGCGCUUUGUUGAUGGACUUUUUGAAUCGAGGAAUGACCUUCCAACCUUCAAAAACCAUAUUCGUGAUUUCCUUGUUCAAUCCAAAGAAUUUUCUGCUCAGGAUAACAAGGACCUCUAUGCUGAAGAAGCAGCUGCUCAGAGAGAGAGGGACCGGCAACGGAUGCUUUCAAUUCCAGGUCUCAUUGCCCCUAGUGAGCUCCAAGAUGAGAUGGUGGAUUCAUAGCUGUUGGACUGAUGCUCAGCCAAUUAGUGUUCUUUCACCAUUUAUUCCAAGAAGCCUUGUUGAUAAUUGCCAGGUUUGAUUCGAUGACCAGUCCUAAACCGUAUCAAGCAAAUGCUUUUUUGAGUGUAAUGUUGAUAUGCUCCUGGACAAGAGCUGUCUGUGGACUACUGAUGAUGCUUGCAGGAUGGUGGUGAUGGUGGUGUUAGUUGAGGUAGCGAUGGCUCUCUGGUUACGCUGGUAACAUUUUGAGUGGUGUUUACCAAAGUCCAGUUGGCGUUUAUGCUCGAACUGGCUGCGGGUGUUGUGCUUCCAGACUAGAUGUUGCCUGUAACUUUCAAGUGUUUGCAGAAAUAGUUGUUUCUGCCAAAGCCCUUUUUGUAUUCUUAGAUGCUUUAUGGUUCUCCUAUUUUCUUGUUAUUUGUUCGGUGCAGUGUUGGUGGUGAGAAGUACUCUUGUAAUUGAGCUUUGCAGGGUGGAUCUUAGAUGUGUUGAUGGAUGGGAACCUAGAUAACAUUGAAAAGAAUGAACAAAAUCAAUAGUUUCAUUUAUUCUACUGAUUUUA